CGGGAAUAAUGCACAUACCUUCAUUAUCUUGGCUUUGUGGAAGUUAUGGUGUCGUUGCUUCUUCCUGAGGAGCUGGAGCGGGCAUCCACGGGUAAACAUUGGAGUUGACAUCAAAUCACAACUCACCGGUAUCCGACACCUUUUGCUCAUCGCUGCUGUGUCCUACUGUGGCUCGGGCAGGUGCUUGGCGGGCCAGGUCCAAAGAAGCAAUUCACCAUUCCCCGACUAGCGCGUCAACCAAGUUUCUCACUAAGGCCCGUCGAGCGCUCCAAAGCUACGACCACAUCUGAACAUUUCGUCGCAUAAGACAACACCACCUCUCCCGUCUCUCGCCGCAAUCUCUCUACAACACCCCCCCCUCUCUCUCUCCCUUUUCUGCGAAGAAGCACCCUAUUCCCUUGGUCAGGGCCCUUAUCGAGACAAUACUCCCAGAUUAUGUCCGCACCCACCGCAACAGUCGCAGGCAUUCCUGCACCUCCGAAGCUAGAGAAGAAGCCUGUGAAGUUCAGCAAUCUGCUGCUCGGAGCUGGACUGAACAUGUUCGAGGUGACUACUUUGGGACAGCCAUUGGAGGUGGUCAAGACCACAAUGGCUGCCAACAGGUCUGAUGGCUUUGCGGGCGCCUUGGCGAGGGUCUGGAGUCGUGGAGGAGUCCUUGGAUUCUACCAAGGUCUGAUCCCAUGGGCCUGGAUCGAAGCCUCAACGAAGGGCGCCGUGCUGCUCUUCGUCGCCUCCGAAGCCGAAUUCUAUGCGAAAAGCUUUGGUGCUCCUGACUUCGUCGCCGGUAUCACCGGAGGCAUGACGGGCGGUCUCGCCCAAGCCUACGCUACCAUGGGCUUCUGCACCUGUAUGAAGACGGUCGAAAUCACAAAACACAAGGUUGCUGCUGCUGGCAUGAAGCCUCCGGGCACCAUGGAGACAUUCAUGGACAUCUGGCGUCGGGAAGGUAUCCGCGGCAUCAACAAGGGCGUAAAUGCCGUUGCUGUCCGUCAAGUCUCCAACUGGGGAUCUCGCUUCGGUCUAUCCCGAGUUGCCGAGACUGGAAUCCGAAAAGUCACUGGCAAGGAGCACGGCGAAAAGCUGGGCGUUAUGGAGAAGAUCAUCGCAUCUGCGCUCGGUGGUGGAUUGUCAGCUUGGAAUCAGCCCAUCGAGGUCAUCCGAGUCGAAAUGCAGAGCAAGACGGAGGAUCCCAACCGUCCCAAGAACCUCACCGUCGGUAAGACGGCAAGAUACAUUUACGCGAAUAACGGUCUAAAGGGGUUGUAUCGUGGAGUUACUCCUAGAAUUGGUCUUGGCGUUUGGCAGACGGUUUGCAUGGUUGCUUUGGGUGAUAUCGCCAAGGAAGCUGUCGAAAAGCUCACUGGCGACAAGGUUACCGCAAAGCACUAAAUGGCGUUUCUGGAUCGGGGUCUGAAGGAUCUAUAAAUGGCCCACACUUUUCGAUGUUCAUUACUAGUCGAUACCGGUUUAUUGGUCCUCAAAGAUUUUCAUGCUGGUAGAACAGGAUUUAGAAAUCGGUCCUGUAAAUUCUCUUUCUUUCUGGUAGAAAGAUAUAAUGCCGUCCGGGUCACCGCGGACGGGAAAUAUCACUUUCG